UAUUACUCUCUGCCCGUCUCCUCCUCAUUUCACUCGCAACGCUUUCUUUAGCUUUCUUCCUCGACUUCUCCCAAUGGCGGAAACCAAGUCCAAGGUUCUCUUCAUCGGCGGCACCGGCUACAUCGGCAAGUUCAUUGUCGAGGCCAGCGCCAAGGCCGGCCACCCCGCUUUCGUUCUCGUCCGGGAGACAACUCUCUCCAACCCUGCCAAGUCCAAACUCAUCGACUCCUUCAAGUCCUCCGGCGUCACCUUCCUCAUCGGUGAUCUGUACAACCAUGAGAGCCUGGUAAAGGCGAUCAAGCAAGUCGAUGUGGUCAUUUCGACUGUGGGACACGCGCAGUUGGCUGAUCAGGACAAGAUCAUCGCCGCCAUCAAAGAUGCCGGCAAUGUUAAGGUGGCCAUCUUUCAUUUUCAUAAUCUCCUCUAUUUUUUGUGUUAAAAAAUUUCUCUUUGAAAUUGAGGUGGUUUUGUUGCAGAGGUUUUUCCGUCGGAGUUUGGAAACGACGUUGAUCGAGUGCACGCCGUGGAGCCAGCAAAGACGGCGUUCGCUACGAAAGCCAAGGUUAGAAGAGAUGUUGAGGCGGCCGGGAUUCCGUACACUUAUGUGUCGUCCAACUUCUUUGCUGGGUACUUCUUGCCCACACUGAACCAGCCAGGAGCUACUGCUCCUCCGAGGGACAGAGUCGUCAUCCUGGGUGAUGGCAACCCCAAAGCAAUCUUUAACAAGGAAGAGGAUAUUGGUACCUAUACCAUUAGGGCUGUGGAUGACCCAAGAACAUUGAACAAGAUCCUUUACAUCCGGCCACCUGCCAACACCAUCUCCUUCAAUGAACUUGUGGCUCUAUGGGAGAAGAAGAUUGGCAAAACCCUCGAGAAGGUCUAUGUCCCGGAAGAGCAACUACUCAAGAACAUUCAAGAGGCUCCUGUUCCAAUCAAUGUGAUACUAUCAAUUGGUCACUCAGUUUUCGUGAAAGGAGACCACACUAACUUUGAGGUCGAGCCCUCAUUUGGAGUGGAAGCUACUGCUCUUUACCCUGAUGUCAAAUACACUACUGCGGAUGAGUAUCUCUCCCAGUUUGUCUGAGAUUAGAACUUCAUGUUGUUGAUUUCUCUAUAUUCUCAAAUAAUGGAGUUCAUGGUAUAAUGUUUAAUGUUUUCGUGUGAAAAGGAAAAGAAAGAAAAUAGAAGAUGGGGCUGUAUCCCUUGUGUCAUCUAUGUUGAAAUGGAUCCUUUUGUAGAAAUGAAGGUUUCCGAAUUAGAAUUAUCUUGCCCCUGUUCA